AUGUCAUGGAGGUCAACUCGUUCGGCGCCCUGCACGCCGUACGUCCAGAAGGGGAUCACCGUCGUGUACGCCACGAGGAACCUUGGGCCUUGGCCGCAGGUGGUCCGGAACAUUGCUCCUUUGGUCAUCACCAAGUUGGUUCGACAACGAAGGGAAGAAGAAAGAGAUCACUCACCACGAGUCGCCGACCGAGUGCUUAGCCAGAAGCCAUCCAUCAGGAUUCGGAAGAUGAGGCGGGUCCUGCCACUGUGCGCGCUCCUCCUCGUCGUGCUCCUCUGCGCGGCGAGCCUCGCGGACGUCACGGAGGCGAGGCGCGGAGGCAGAGGGAGCCGCGGCACCUACAUCGGCGGCGCAGGCGGAGCCAGAGGAAACCACAGCGGCGGCCCCCGCGGCCUCAGCGGCGGCACCUGGACGGCGUGCGUCGGCUCCUCGCUGCUGGCCGCGGCGGGCAUGCUCUUGUAGGCUCUCCAUCGUCACGCUGCAUCGACGUACGUUUAUGCGUAGUUGCUGCUUAUAGAUCGAGUGGUGUCCGUCCUGUCGCCGUAAUUGGCCGGGACAGACUAGUGUGAUUAGUGACUGUAAAUGUACCAAUUUUUUGUGUUGAUUUUUUAUGUAUACAUACGCCUGCAAAUUUGUGAAUUCGAUGCAACAAUACUGAUCAAGAUUAUUACUUUUUUUUUAAA